AUGGCGGAACAACAGCAGCAGCAGCCAAACUUGAUAGCACAAGUUUCCCCCGGUCCACCAUUAUUUUGGAAGCAAUUUACUACCGAUAAUCUUGAACGGAUAGAGAAGCUACGCGCGGAGAACUUUCCAAACUACAAGGUCGCCGACAAUUUAUCUUACAAGCUUCCUCCUCGUAUUCAUGAUGUUCCCGCCGAACUGCGAUUUCUGCAACCCCCAGAACCACCAGCGACUGGAGUUUACAGAACAUUUGGACAAAUCCGACAAAUUAAGAAUGAACUUCCUCCUCUUGAAGAGGGCAUUGAGCAAAUAUAUACACCACCUACCACACCAACAGGAAGUGGAAAGCAUGAGGAUCGCAAACUGAUUCUCAAACGAUUCGCAAAGUCAUUACUAUUGAACUUUUUAGAAUUGGUUGGUACAAUGAGUAUUCAUCCAGAACAGAGCCACGAAAAGAUAGGGGAUUUGCAUACUAUAUUCGCCAAUUUCCAUCAUUUGCUGAACGAAUAUCGACCCUAUCAAGCACGAGAAUCAUUGAUUGCAAUGAUGCAGGACCAAUUAGACAAAUCCAAGGCGGAGACUGAGGGCAUCAUGAAGAUGAAGGAGAAGGUCGAAGGAAUGCUAGAAGGAUUUGUCGAGAUCAAACUAGGAGAUGAGGCGAAUGCCACUGGUCAAGAACAUGAGAAUGUAAUAGAGGACGAAGGGAAAGAUGUUUGGGAGCAAUUGGACCUGGAAUUUGGCUGA